CCGCCGCUGCCGCUGCCGAUUAUGUCACAUCGAUCAGACGCUGCAGCCGAAGCAGUAGGAGCCAGAGAGGCGACCGCAGCGGCCGCGGAGUGAGCGGAAGGACGGGCGCGGCUCAGCCACAAGUCACAUUAGGGCUUGUAUGCAGCUGUCUCCUUCUUGGCUAUAUUGCUACCCAGGUGAAGAAAGGAGGCCUGGCCUGUGUUGCCAGAGAAGAUGGCCUCAACACCAGCCUGUCUGUUGAUGCUGUGGCCACUGGUUCUGAUUUUCUGUGAUCCAGCAGAAUCCAUCAAGUUUCCCGAAGACUUUGACCGGACAAACUUACAACAACCUCCUGAAUUCACAAUACAACCAGACAACGAGAUUGUUUUAUAUCCCACUGAUGAGAUUAUCCUGAAAUGGGAGGCUACUGGAAAUCCCUCGGUGACGUACCGCUGGACCAAGGAUGGGGAACAGUUUGACCCAGAACAGGUGCGAGGGAUAAAACAGUUGGAAAAUUCAGGGACUCUGAUCAUCCAUGCAAACAAUGGGAAUGUGCCAACUAGGUUCAAUGGGAUGUAUCGGUGUUAUGCCAGCAACAUAUUGGGCACAGCCGUGAGUUCUGAGAGCCGCAUCAUUGUUGAGAAUGCCCCACAGUGGCCAAAGGAGGAGGUGGCACCCAUCACAGCAGAAGAAGGGACCCACACAGUCUUACCCUGUAACCCACCCACUAGUGCCGAUCCACCUAAAAUCUACUGGCUCAACAGCAAGAUUGAGCACAUUGCACAAGAUGAACGAGUCACUGUAGGGCAGGAUGGAAACCUCUACUUUGCCAAUGUACAGAUGAAGGAUAGUCAACCUGACUAUAUUUGCAAUGCCCAUUUCCAAGGUCCCCGACUCAUUAUCCAGAAAGAACCCAUUGAACUAAAAGUCAUCCCAACCAACACUUUCUCAUACCAGAAACCAAUUCUAAUUGUGCCAGAGACCACACGCAAGAGCUACGUGGCCUUGUUAGGAAAGCCUUUGAUACUAGAAUGCAUUGCUGCAGGACUCCCUACACCAUCGGUGGAAUGGAUCCACCUGAACAGAAUGAACCCUUCACCUGGGGUGACCUUUGAGAAUUACAAUAAAACCCUUUGCAUCUCAAGUGUGACAGAGGAUGAUGAUGGAGACUAUCAGUGUAUCGCUCGUAAUGAGCAUGGCAGCAUCCACCACACCUAUACCGUUAAUGUUGAGGCUGCUCCAUACUGGAUAAAAAUGCCCGUGAGCCAGAUUUAUGGACCAGGGGAGAAUGUCCGCCUGGAUUGUGAAGUUGAUGGAAAACCUAAGCCAAAAGUGUCGUGGAGCAUAAAUGGGACUCCUCUAAAAGAUGUGAUGCCAGAUCCAAGAAGGAAGAUUCAAUCAGGGGCUUUAAUCUUCAGCGAGGUGCAGCCCAAUGACACCGCUGUUAUCCAGUGCCAGGCCCAUAAUAAGCACGGCAGUAUCCUGGCCAAUGCAUACAUCCUUGUUGUCUGGUUGCCAGCAGAGAUCCUGACCCCAGAUGGCAUAGAGUAUGCUGUGGUGGAGAACCAAAUAGUGAUCCUACAUUGCAAGACUUUUGGGGCACCCAGACCUAAAGUGCAGUGGUUUAUGGAAGACAUGAACCCUGCCCUAAAAGACGAACGAACCUUUAUAUUCACAAAUGGAUCCCUGAAACUUCAGGAAGUCCGACGUGAAGAUGCAGGAAACUUCACAUGCUUGGCUGAGAAUGAUCAAAACAAUGUCUCCAUCAUUGCCCGCCUGGUUGUCAAAGGAGCAACACAGAUCGAAGAGGGACCUAUCAACAUGGAAAAGAAGCAAGGUGAGAGUGUGACCUUCCACUGCAAGGUACUGUUUGAUGAGAGUAUUCCAAAGCGUGGUAUCCAAUGGCGCCUAGAUGGUGAAGAUAUUGAAGAAUCAGAUGACGAUAACAAAUACAUCAUUGGUGACAUGUCUCUGACUAUCACCAAGGUGGACUUCUCUGAUCAAGGAACAUACAGCUGCCUGGCCUGGACCACUCUUGACUCUGUAGAAAAAAGUGCCAAUCUUUUGGUGUAUGGCAUACCUGGCCCUGUGUCAAAUCUGGAGGUGCAGAGGCAGCAGAAUCAUCAGGUAAAGCUGACAUGGACACCUGGAGAUAACCACAACAGAGAAAUAAAGGAAUAUAAUGUGUUUUGUGAAGAAACGAAAUUUGGGCCAGCAGAAAAGGAAUGGAUAGCCACGGUCCCAGGAAACCAGCCAUGGGCUAUUCUUCACCUCUCUCCAUUCAGAAAUUAUAACUUCUAUGUGCAGGCCAGCAAUGACCAGGGGAAAAGUGAAUUAAGUAGCCGGUCUGCCAGUCAUGCCACAGAUCCCGCAGCACCUGAGCGAAACCCAACUGAUGUCAGAGGAGAAGGAAAUGAAACCACAAAUAUGAUCAUCACCUGGACGCCCUUGCCUCACAAGGAGUGGAAUGCCCCAAUGAUGAAGUAUCGUGUACAGUGGCGGCUUGAGAAUGAAGGCCAAUGGGAUGAGGUUGAAAUUGAAGAACCUCCUGUACUGGUGACAGAUACCCCUGUCUUCUCACCUUAUGAGAUCAAAGUGCAAGCACAGAAUGAUUUUGGCAAAGGGCCUGAGCCUGAACCUGAAAAAGGUUAUUCAGGGGAGGAUGUGCCCGAGGCUGUCCCUGAAGAUCUGUUGAUCGAGAUGAUAAACAGCACUACCAUCAAGCUUUCUUGGAUCCUUCCCAACAGAGAGAAAAUUUGGGGACAUCUUAAGGGAUUCAAGGUGUAUUACUCCAGGCUGGGAACCCUGGCAGAACGUAGCCGUCGACAGGCCCAUCUUCACUUCCAUUCCCACGGGGAGCUGCUGAUUUUGGGGAAUGUGUCUGAAGUCAUACUGGGGGGCCUCAGGCCCUGGAGCCGGUACCAGGUUCAGCUGGCAGUGUUGAAUGGGCGGGGGGAGGGGCCCCGCAGCGAGGCCAUGGAGUUUGUUACACCUGAGGGAGUACCUAGCACCCCUGAAUUCUUUCAGUUGGACUAUCUCUCGGACACAGCAGUGUUGCUAGAGUGGAUGCCUCCAAAAUAUCCUAAUGGGAGAAUCCUGAGAUACGUGUUGGGAUACCAACAAGCCAAUCAGACAGAGAUGGACAUUGACAACAUCCAAAUCCCACCCACCCAGUACAGGCUCAAUCUCAGCGACCUUGAUCCCCACACUCCCUACAAAUUCUCCUUGUGGGCAGAAACCAAAGAGGGUCGAGGAGAAAUAUCCUUACUUGAGGAACAUACAAUGCACGAGUCAGGUAUGUGAAGCCUUAAAAAUAUUUCCUAUUAAUAUUAAAAAAAGAGAUGAUAUAUUUCCUACAAUAUUUUCCUAGAAGCCAUGGUUAGUGUCCUGAGCUAAAAUAUGCUUAAUUUUUAAAAUUAUUAUUUCCUGUUUGGUUUGCUCUCUGCCUUUUGUUCAGAAGCUCAUUUUGAAAACAUAGUGCUCCCUGUUUCAAUUUUCGCUUAUAAAAACCCUGUAAAGUAGGGUGGGAUGACAGCCCUGACCUCUUCUUCAGCACCCAUGGCUUUAUGACCUCUUUUCACACUUACAACCAUCACACUAUUCCAGCAGUCAUGUGAUUGCUAUUUGGGCACUUGACAGCUGGCUCACACUUAGAACCAGUUGCCGCAUCCUGUGGUUUUGUAAUUGUAACCUGUGGCCCAGUCAUGUAAUGAUUCAUUUUAUGACUGUUUUGAUGGUGGAGAUUCUGAUCCCAAUUGUGGUCAUAAGUCAAGGACUCCCUGUAGACCAGGGGUCCUCAAACUAUGGCCCAUGGGCCAGUUACAGCCCACCGAAGCCAUUAAUCUGGCCCAUGCGGGACCGCGAGGCUGCCCUGCCCACAUCGCCCCACCUACCUGCCAGCCCCCACUCGCCUUCUGAAGGCCGAAGAAGCCCAAAACGGGAUGUGCGGAGGCCCCAGGAGGUCAAAACAGACCUGUUUUUGGCUUCCCCAGCCUCCAGAGAGAGAGAGAGAGAGAAAGAGGGAGGGAGGGAGACACACACACACACAAAGUCCCUCCCCCCCCCCCCCCAAUGCAGCCACAUCCCUUCACUAACCUGCUUUCCACCCCCAGGAGCAUAACAAAUUAAAGUUUAAUUUGUGUGUAUUGUUUGGACUGCUAAAUUGGCCAUACCCACCCAGUCACAUGAUUACCUAGCCAUGUCUACCCAGCUGGUCUGCCCCCCCAACAGUCUGAGGGACCGUGAAUUGGCCCCCUGUUUAAAAAAUUUGAGGACCCCUGCUGUAGACUAUAAUUGGUCCUAUGAUAUUUCCAUAGAUUAUAUCUCUACUAGGGUCUACUCGAAUUGUUUACACUGUUAGCCUAUGCCUUUCUCUGUCACAAUUUCUUUAAUUCUUUCCUACUUUCAGCUGUGAAAAGCUUUGUGAGUGUGUUCUGUGUACUUUGUUAUAUAGAGGCGAGAGUUGAGUAUUCAAAAGAAGCAUAAAAGUGAAAUUGAAUGCAAUAGAAUUAGUUACUUAGUGUGUGGUCAAAUAAGAAGAGGUAGGGCCGAAAAUGAAUGAGUGCUGAAUGAAUGUGGAUUGAAUUCAAAAUAAAAUGACAGUAUAGACUUUCAGGUGGUUUGGUCAUGUAGAGGGAAUGAGUGUUAAACUGUACAGCAACAUCUAGAAAGAUGAAAUGGUGAAGAAGAAGACCAAAAAUAUCAGGGUUGAAUGACUUAUUGAGAUCUUGAAAAAGAGAGAGGGACAUUACAGAACAGGCAAUGUAUGAAGCAACAUAUGGACACUGUAGAAGGAAUGCUUGGUUUAGCUUGAUAUAAAAAUAUGGAGAAAUGUGUUGAAUGGUUUGGGUGUUCUAGCUAUGUUUCCUAAUAUUUUCCCCUUAUCUCGCCUCCUAAUUGCUUUAUCUAACUAUUUCUUAUUCUUUUACUGUGCUCUACGUAAUGCUGCUCACCCAAAAGGAAAUAACAUGAUAUGUACAUAUGUAUGUAUGUAUCUACUCAGCGAUGCUGAAGUAUCAGAUGUCAUAGUGGAUGGUCCAGCAUGUGUAAAGCAAUUUGAAAACAAGAAACGACAGCAGCCGUGUAUCAGGUUGUGUUGGCAACAUAAUCAGAACUUAUGGAGAGAGUAACCAUUAGACACGCACAAUGUAAAAACCCUAAAUUUUUAACUAAAAACAUUAAUAUUCACAGGGACCAUUUUUGUGUGCAGUUGCAGCUACACUACAGCAGCUCCUUCAGGGUGGGAGUCUUUUCUUUGAUCUCAGCUUCUUUCCUUUUUUUUCCUCCUUUCCUUUUUAAAAGCUCCUUUCCAGGGAUUUUCUCCCCAGAUGCAGGGCCGGAUUUUCCUAUGGGCUAACUAGGCUUCAGCCUAGGGCCUCAAGAUAAAGAGGGGCCUACAUUCAAAUUGUUAGCAAAAUUAAAAUUACACUUUCACUAUAGGUGAAAGGGCCUCAUAAGUGGAAUAGCCUAGGGCCUCUUUUCAUCUAAAUCCGGCCCUGCCCAGAUGCCUGAUUGUGUCUGGGCUGGGAAACUAAGCAAAGGCAGGCACGAAUGAGAACCUGCUGGGCCAUGGACUGCAUUGGCAAAGUAGUUUUAUACUGCAACCACAGAAAUUGGAUGAGUACGUCCCAAUUCCCACAGUGGAAAUAUACUGGUAGUUAAUAUGGUAGUUUUUCUGAAGUCUUAAUGACCUUGCUGUUCACUCUGAAGCCUACAAGGGUGGGACUUAUGUAGAUUCUCCAGGGAUUGUGAUUUUAAUACUUUUCUCUAUCAUUUUCUCCCUGCCUCUAUGCCCAGUGAACUUGUCUUUUGUAAACAUCAGUGUGGGCGAGACAGGAGAAAACUUCACCACCAUCAUCUGGAUCCCACGUCAGAACCAGCGAGAUGUGGAGUUUGC